UGUGGCGUACCCUUGCUACGCUCGCGGGCUCAUGUCCGAUCACCAACAUUCAAGAUGGCGGACAAAGUUUGCUGUCUUUGUUUACUUGAUAUUUUUGGAUAAAAACAGCAAACUACAGUUAGGAAUGGCCUAUUCCGAAGGCGUGACGGAUGCCUCCUUGUACAAAGAACUGCCAAAACACAUCAAGAAUGACAAAGAGAGACUCGGAAUCCAGCCUUUAAAAUGCUCUGCCAAAGAUUUUGUGGCAUCGUUCAUGAGCCAAACUGUGCAAAAAAAUAUUAACAGUAAUACUGAAGAGACCCUCCAUCGCCAGCCCCUAAUGCUGGAUAGGUAUCAGACAAGAAGGAAUAAAAAAGUCAAGAAAUCAAAGUGCAUGUCAGCACGAGAGAAGAGAGAGAAAAAGGUCUAUGAUAUUGAGCCUGAGCAUCAAAGAUAUGAAUUGUUUCUUCCACUACAUAAGCUUUGGAGGGAGUAUAUGCAAGACAUGUUAAAACUUCAGCUCAACAGUAAUCUUAAAGGGAUCUAUCCAAGAUUACUGAAGGCAGACUACCAUGGCUGUCUUGUUGCAGUCUGCCGUUCAAAAUGCCCUUCGUAUGUUGGAACUACAGGCAUUAUAAUACAAGAAACGAGAAAUGUCUUCAAAAUCAUCACCAGAGAUGACUCAUUGAAAAUGAUCCCAAAAGCCAAUAGCGUCUUUUCCUUCCAGCUAGAAGACUUCAUGUUUAAAAUUUAUGGAAACCACUUCAGAUUUCGUGCUAGCGAGAGAUCUGUUCGCAAAUUCAAGACCAAAGCUACUGUAGACUUGUGAGAUACCCAACCUUGCAAGUAUAUUUAUAUUUAUAUUAAAUAAUUAUCUCAAGCAUUUACAGUUGAAACAGAAACUUUAGGAAAGACACCCACAGUCAAAAUGAAGAAGCCUGAUGAGGACCUUCUGUGAAGUAGAAAUAUCGGUCUAGGGUGAGAUGAAGCCAAGCCCCACUUCCCAGAGUGCUCCUCUGUCCGUGUAAACAAUUGAUGAUCUAUCUUGUAUCAGUUUAUUACUGUUUUUCGUAAGAACCGUGCUAACCAUAAGAACCGUACAUAAUUGCAAAUAAAAUGCCAUAUACAGUCUUCUCAAAAAGAUAUUAAGGAGCAGAUAAUUAUGAGUUUGGAGGCGGUUUGGGUGCUGAAGAUUUCUUUCUCCUUGUCAGUAAAAAAAAAAAAAAUAAAAAAUUAAAAUUAAAAUAAAAAUAUUGUCCGGAUGGAGACGGUCAAACCUCCAGAGAAGGCUGCUCGUUGAGCCAGCAGCCGGCUGAGUUUGAAAAGGCUGCAUAUAAAAAGACAAUGAGCGCACAUAGAUUGUUUAUUUACAUGUCCCGAGUCACUUUCCGACUUCAGCUUGCCCAAUAAUGAGGAUCUAUGUGUCGUAACCCGCAGUGCUUCAUGGGUAUCAAAUAAAUAAGAAAAUAAGCGUAAAUAAAAACAAAGACAGCCUUAGAAAGCUUUAGCAUUCCUGUUUAUGUACCUGGAAACGUUCACAAGGCGUUCAGAGAACAGGAUUCGGCCGUUUAUACGUUACCCAUGAACCACUGCGGGCUACGAUACAUUGUUUCGCAGGUGCAACCUUAAUUGAAAUAGGUGUAUUUUAUCCCCAUUUUUGUCUUGCCAUUGUCAUGGAGACACCUGACCUCGUCAUAUCGCCGAGGACGGGCAAUCAACUCUCCUUCCGGUCAUUUGCACAUUUCCCCCAGAACUCACGCCUUGCUUCCGGUGUUUUCUUUUGUUUCCUCAUACAACGGGGAAACCCUGCAAAAUCCCUGAUGAAAAUUUUAGCUGUAGAAUCUUCAUUCUAGGAAUCGUUAUGCAAUCAUUUGACCCUAGAGAGACGUUUGAAAAGACCUGCAGCGCUUUGUUAUUGCAAAUGGUUAUGCUAUGGCCGUGCCCAUGGUCUGAGGUCACGGACUUUCUUUUGCCCAAGUUACCCCUGGCACCCUUAGCCACAUGCUAUAUGCUUAUAACAAAUAGCUCUGAGUAAAAUAUAAACAUUUAAUCAACAGUUUUAAUUAAAGCAUUCCAAUUUUUUUUUCUGAACUGAUACGACUAUGUGAAGUUAUAACUAAGCUUUAAUAAUAAGUUUAACUUGACUUGCAUCGAGAAACAUCAGGUUCGUGGUCAGAUGCUCUGCUUAACCCGCAAAGAAAUCACUCUACAAAACCAAGCCGCUUUUAUCGCCGAUUUUGCAAGACCAAGCACCAAUCAGAAGAUCUGUACAAUUGGUACAGACUAACACGUGGACUGUUUUGCUACCAGAUCAAGAGUGGGCCUCUCCGAGUGUCCCUCAAACGCCGCAAGCACGAGGCGUAAAAGAGAGUUCGCAGUAUUAUUUAUGUUUUACAUUAGAGUUUGAAUGUCUAACCGAGGGCUAAAGACUAUCAUUUCCAAUUAAAAAAACUCCAAUUA